GUGGGAGCUGCUUUGCCUGUUGAUGUCUUAAUAUAUGAGGAAAAAACUCUGUCUGCCAUAUUAAGAGUUAUCAGCAGUGGCCUUGUCAAGCUGUGGAGUGCUCUAACGUUGCUGGGCUUCUACCAGAACAGGAGGUGUGCCUUUCGAGUGCUGCAGACAUCUCCAUUUCUUCUUGCAUUGUCUGGCAACAGUAGAGAACUAGUCUUGGACUGAUGCAGUUACUGGCUGUACGAAGCAGACGUUGUUUGAGAUGUUGCAGCCCUUCUGGCGUGGAAUUUCUGGAGGGAAUUUCCGACAAAGAGCCUUGGCAAAGCUAACAGUUAUCAACUCCCUGCUUGGACAUCCCGUACUUCAGAGUUUGCACGUAAAAGUCGGAGACAAAGCUGAACUUACCAAAGCUUUUACACAGAAUGAUGUUGUUACCUUUUCUGAUUUAACAGGUGACACAAAUCCUUUGCAUUUAAAUGAAGAUUUUGCAAAGAAAUCUAGGUUUGGGAGGACUAUUGUUCAUGGAGUUUUGAUCAAUGGACUUAUUUCUGCAGUUCUGGGUACUAAAAUGCCCGGUGAAGGUUGUAUAUUUCUUUCUCAGGAGAUCCGAUUUCCAUCUCCGUUGUAUACUGGUGAAGAAGUUGUAGCUGCAGCGGAAGUUCAACGACUGAAGGGUUCUAUUGCACACAUUUCAGUAUCAUGUAAAGUCAAAGAAAGUGGAAAGACUGUGAUGGAAGGGACAGUGAAAGUCAUGGUGCCAGGCAGGUAGAGCUGUUGGUUCUAUGCUGCUUUACUACAAAGGUCAGAA